CCCCCGCGUCCCCCCCGCUCCCAGCCACAAAACCCCCGCGCCCCGCCGGCUCGCUCGUGGCGGAGCGGAGAGGAGGAGGAGGAGGAGGAGGAGGGAGAGAGAAGCCAGAGAGAAACUUGUCUUGGGGAUUAAUAGGAGGCAGGAGGAGGGAGAGGUGCGCACAGGAAACCACCCGGACCAUGAAGGCGGCCCUGGCGUUCCUGCUCCCGCUGGCGCUGGCGCUGGCGCCGGCGGCGAGCGCCCAGCGGCGCAAACCGCCCCGCAGGCCCACCCGGCCACCCGCGCCCUUCGAGGAGCCCGCGGAGCCCACGGAGCUGCCCCCUCCGCUCCCUCCGGGCCCGCCGUCCGUCUUCCCCGACUGCCCGCGGGAGUGCUACUGCCCGCCCGACUUCCCGUCGGCGCUGUACUGCGACAGCCGCAACCUGCGCACGGUGCCCGUGAUCCCGCCGCGCAUCCACUACCUGUACCUGCAGAACAACUUCAUCGCCGACCUGCCCGAGGAGUCCUUCCGCAACGCCACCGGCCUCAAGUGGGUCAACCUGGACAACAACCGCAUCCGCAAGGUGGACAGGAAGGUGCUGGAGAAGCUGGAGAACCUCAUCUUCCUCUACAUGGAGAGGAACCAGCUGAAGGAGGUGCCCGCCUUCCUGCCGCCCAACCUGGAGCAGCUGCGGCUCAGCAGGAAUCAGAUCUCCAAGAUCCCCGCCGGCGUCUUCAACAAGCUGGAGAACCUGGUGCUGCUGGACCUGCACCACAACAAGCUGAGCGACGGCGUCUUCAACAAGAACACCUUCAAGGGGCUCAAGAACCUCAUGCAGCUCAACCUGGCCCACAACAUCCUGAGGAAGAUGCCCCCCGGCGUGCCCAGCGCCAUCCACCAGCUCUUCCUGGACAGGAACAACAUCGAGGACAUCCCCAGCGAUUAUUUCAAGGAGUUCCCCAACCUGGCUUUCAUCCGGCUCAACUACAACCAGAUUUCGGAUAAGGGGCUGCCCAAAAAUUCCUUCAACCUCACCAACCUGCUGGUGCUGCACCUGGCCCACAACAAGCUCACCAACGUGCCCUUCAUCAGCCCCAAGCUGGAGCACCUCUACCUGAACAACAACUCCAUCGAGAAAAUCAACGGCACGCAGAUCUGCCCCACCUCGCUGGUGUCCAUCCAGGAUUUCUCUCCCUCCGACCUGGACAGCGUCCCGCGGCUCCGCUACCUGCGGCUGGACGGGAACCUGCUCAAGCCGCCCAUCCCCCUGGACCUGAUGCUGUGUUUCCGCCUGCUGCAGUCCGUGGUGUUUUAGCCCCGUCCCGCCUCUCCCAGCCCGGCUUUGCUCGGACGUUUCACCCCCGGCGGGUUUGACACGUGGGACCCUCUCUCCUCCCUCUCCCCCGCUCGCCCCCCGCCUCCAUCCCUCUCCCCGCUGGUCCCCGCUUUUCCUGCCCUGCGGGGACACCCGCGGCUCCUUGGGGACCGCUCUGAGCAGGACAGCGCCGUGUCCCAGCCGGUCGCAGCGCCCUGUCCUUGUCCCCCAGGCCCAGCCCGGAGUGGCUCCGUCUCUCCCUUGGAGCCCGCGGGGCUCGGGGUGGGUCGGGUGUGUCCCUGCUCCUGGGGAACCAUUCCCGGUGGGGUUUGGAGCUGGGAUGGGAUGAGCUGAGGGCGGUGGGACCCGUGGAAGUGAGGAGGAUGGACAAUCAGGCCAUCCCAGGGGUGGGGACACUCCUGUCACCCUUUGGCUUCGUGUUUCUCUGGAGGAGGAGGAGGAGGAGGGUCUAAAUCCCUCCUGGAUCUGCGGGGAUGGGGCAGGGAGGGUGUCCUGCCCCUGGGAGGCCAGACCUUCCCACACCCCCGGGCAGGAGCAGACCCUGCCUGGCUUCAAAUCCCCCAUCCCAGCAUCCCCCCAUCCCUGGGGCCGCAGCCCCAUCCCAAAAUCCUGAAUCCUUCCAUGUAAAAUCUGGGAUCAAGGGCCACAGCCCCACCCCAAAAUCCCACACCUUUCCCUGUAAAAUCUGAGGAUGCAGGGACACUUCUGUGGGGUCACAGCCCCAUCCCCAAAUCCUGCAUCCACAUCCAUGGAGUUACAGCCCCAUACAAAAUCCUGAAUCCACAUCCGUGGGGCCACAGCCCCAUCCCAAAAUCCUGAAUCCUUCCAUGUAAAAUCUGGGAUCAAGAGCCACAGCCCCAUCCCAAAAUCCUACACCUUUCCCUCUAAAAUCUGGGCUCAAGGGCCACAUCCAUGGGGCCAGAGCCCCAUCCCAAAAUCCUGCACCCUUCCCUGUAAAAUCUGGGAUUCAGGGACACUUCUGUGGGGUCACAGCCUCAUCCCAAAAUCCUGAAUCCUUCCCUGUAAAAUCUGGGAUGCAGGGACACAUCUGUGGGGUCACAGCCUCAUCCCAAAACCCUGCAUCCUUCCCUGUAAAAUCUGGGAUUCAGGGACACUUCUGUGGGGUCACAGCCCCAUCCCAAAAUCCUGCACCCUUCCCUCUGAGAUCUGAGGAUUCAGGGCCACGUCCACGGCUCAGUUUCUCUCUGGAGCCGAUCACACAUGGCUGGGUUUUGCCUUUUUUUAAUCAGAAAUAAAAGGAAGGGAGAAGAAAAGGGAAGAAUCAUCCUUUGGAAGGGCUAUUUUUAUCCCUGCUCUUCCCCGUCCCCACAUGUAUCGCUUCCCCCUCCCAUAGCUGUACCUGCAUUUAUAGGGUGUCCGGGUUUAGGGGGGAUUAUUCUCUUCUUUUCUUCCUGAGUCUCAGGAUUUGGAUUUAAAGGCCGAGCAUUAGAGAGGAGAGAAAAAAAAAAAAGAAAAUCCAACUGCAAUGAGCAUUAAAUAAACCAAAGAAAGCUCCUUUGUGUCCAGCCAGCAGAGCUGACCCUUCCCAGGACGGGCACGGACGGGCACCGUGUCCUUCCCCUGCAGCUGGCACAGGGAUGCUCCCCUUCUCCCAUUAAUUAACACCUCCUGCUCAUUAAGGAGGCUUUCCCCUGAUGCUAAAAUCUGCUUUGCAGCUCUCCCUGCAGUAGGGUGGGACAGGUUUCAGCCCUAAACCCGGACAGAGCCCCUGGAUUUAUGUAUAUUUAUAUCUGAUGUGUAUAUAGACUGGUAGAAUGUACAGAUAUUCCUAAAGCCACGUGCUCCUCCCCACCCGGCAACUUUAUGGGGUUUUCACUCCCACUCCCUGCAGCAGUGGAAAUAAAAUCAUUCACAAGGGA